GUGUACUUUUAUUUCUGGCCGCUAGAAGCCGCUGCAGCUCCGCCACUAGCCUAGAGCAGAGUGACAGCUCAGGAAUGAAUUGAAACUGUUUCUCUGCGGUGGUUAAAACCAGGCGGAACCGAAGUCAUGCAGCUUCAUGUUGCGGUUAACAGAUGCAAACUAGUCGCUGUGUUUUUCCUUUGGGUCGCCCCUUCAGCUGCAGACAAACCCACAGAUAACGCUCCUGAGCUGAAGCGCCUGGAGCAUCCAGAGCACCCGGUGCUCAGCUUUGUGGGGUUAGAGGAGGUGGUGAUAGUGAUCCAGAGUCAGAGGAACUCCUUUCACGCCCGACGAGGUCACCGAAGGAAGAUGGAGAUCCUGCAGCAGGCAGCUGAACUUGGACAGGGACUUCCUGUCGUUCUCCUCCUCCACGAGCUGUCCAAUGCUGGAGGAGCUUGGAGUCUUCUUCCUGCUCUUCCACAUCUGGCAGCGGUUUAUGGAGAAACGGCAUUCUGGUUUUUUUUCAUAGAAGAAGAAACCAACGUCACGCUGUCUGCUUUGCUCCGGGUCUUUCUCAGAUUCCCACUCGGAGAGGAAUGGUUUUUGGGUAGGCGUCUUCAUGACAACGAGGCCUCCAUCAUUCAUCACUACGCGUUCUCUGAGGACCCCGGCUCCUUCGGGUACCCUGACCCUGCAGCAGGUUGGGCUCUAAGUGCUCCGCUUUGUAAGAGACUCGCUGAGCGGAUUCAUUACGAGAGUCCCAAGUCAGAUUUCACCAUUGAUUUGACACACGAGAUUGCCCUGUAUAUUUGGGAGGAAGGAAACGGUCCAAAGCUGACAGCAGUUCCAGAGUUUUGUGCAGAACCUAGAGACGACUGCGCAACCACAUUUACAACCUACCUGCCUAACUGUGGGGAUCCAAUCUCAAAGAGCAACUUAUUUGUUGCAGUGAAAACCUGUGAAAAAUUCCACUCGGAGCGAGUACCCGUCGUGAAGUCGACCUGGGAGAAGGACGCUGGCAUUUUAGAGUAUUAUAGCGACGUCGCCGACGCCUCCAUACCCACGAUCAACCUGGGAGUACCUAAUACUGAGAGAGGCCACUGUGGGAAGACRUUUGCCAUCUUAAAGCGUUUCCUGAGUCAGACUGCGAGGACAGUUGAUUGGCUACUGGUUGUUGAUGAUGAUACUCUCAUCAGUUUGCCUCGCCUGCAGCAGCUGCUGCGCUGCUACGACCCAGAGGAAGCCGUGAGCCUCGGGGAGAGAUACGGCUACGGCCUGGYUCAGGGCGGAUACAGCUACAUCACGGGAGGAGGAGGGAUGGUGUUCAGCAGGACGGCCGUGUCCCGGCUGCUGUCCAGCGGUUGCAGCUGCUACAGCGACGACGCUCCCGAUGACAUGGUGCUGGGAAGGUGCUUCACCUCCCUCGGAGUUCCCGUCACACACAGUCCUCUAUUUCACCAGGCCCAACCUGAUGACUACUCGGAGAUGCAGCUUUCCUUGCUGCAGGCCAUUUCGUUCCACAAACACUGGAAUAUAGAUCCUUUGACCGUUUAUGCAAAGUGGCUGCAGGACACGCACCAACGAGAUGAACUUUAAGGAACACCGAGUGUCUGUGAACGUGCCACCGAGUGUCUGAAAGAAGGCUGCAGGCAGGUACUGCACACAAACAGCAAACUGUUGGAGUCCCUGUAAUUGUGAAAAACUUAAGUCUUUGUCUGUGUCAAGUCUGCCUGAAGAGGAUUCUUAAAAGCAACGACUUGGUGAUAAUGAACCACUUUACCCAGUUACGUUAUAAAACAGGGUUUCCAUCUCUCACGCAGCUGUCUGACAGUCACGUUUUCACUUUUUUAUUCUCUUUUACCAAGCGCUCACUCUGCCCUGACGAAACAUCUCACUCUGUGUAAAGAAAGUGAAUAAAUGUUAAAACUCUGAUCACUGGUAGAAAAUGUCCAAACAUGGAUUAAAAUCUCUCAAAAGACUCUUUAACGAGGAAGGACCAAAAUGUUGAAAAAAAAUAUCAUCCACCAAAUGAACGUUGAACUAAGAACAAAUGCAGAGAUGCAUUUUUAUUUCAUAAGUUUUUUGGCGUGUAACUCGUUUCGCAAUUUUUGUGCUUUUUUUUUAACAAUUCACAACUAUUAUAGCUACUUCAGGACAUUCCAGCUAUGACUUUUGGUACUCCAGCAACUUAUGCUUUUUGAAACAGUGUUCAUAAAUCUCUGCUGUAUUUCAUACCUUUUGUUCUUUUUUAUAACUUUUGAUGCUAUUUUCAGCUUCUUUUUUGCUUCUUUUAGCCUUUUUUCUGCAAUCAUUCUGACAGUUUCUAGUAAUUUCAUCUUUUUUGUGCUUGGCUUUUUUUUGCAAAUUUCAGCUGUUUUCUGUAUUUUAGCUACUUUUUUAGCUAAUUUAAGCUU